UCUCCUCUUUUUCAAAGUACUUUUGGUCAUGGGAGCUAUGAAGAACAAGCUUUCUACAACCCCCAUUAUUCUUCUGGCUUGGAUACUUUUCUUUCAAGCAAUUAUAUUUCUUGGAGCUGUUAAUGCAGAUUUGAACUACAAAGAUGCUCUCACCAAAUCCCUUAUUUUCCUCGAAGCUCAACGCUCCGGCAAGCUCCCCCCUAAUCACCGCCCCGCUUGGAGAGGUGACUCCGCUCUCGACGAUGGAAAACUUGCCAAUGUUGACCUGGUGGGAGGAUAUUACGAUGCAGGAGACAACGUGAAGUACGGACUUCCGAUGGCUUUCACCGUAACAACUCUGGCAUGGGCAGCCUUGACUUACCCGGCAGAGCUGGAAGCCGCUGGGGAAAUGGAGAAUACCAAAGCUGCAAUCCAAUGGGGAACUGAUUAUUUCCUUAAGGCUGCUUCUCGUCGUAACCGUCUCUACGUUGAAGUAGGAGAUCCAGUAAAGGAUCAUGAAUGUUGGGUUAGGCCAGAAAAUAUGAGGACCCCAAGGACUGUUCUGCAAAUUGAUUCGAAUACACCUGGUACAGAAAUUGCAGCUGAAACUUCAGCUGCCAUGGCUUCUUCUUCCAUGGUCUUUAGAAGCUGCAAUCGUACAUAUGCUCGUCGGCUUCUCAACAAAGCCAAAUUGCUUUUUCAAUUUGCUAAAAACCACAAAGGAACCUAUGAUGGAGAGUGCCCCUUCUAUUGCUCUUACUCUGGCUUCAAUGACGAGCUGUUGUGGGCUGCCACGUGGCUAUACAUUGCAACAAGGAAACCAGUUUAUUUGAAGUACAUUCAAGAAGAGUCCAUUAGUGCGAGUGUAGCGGAAUUCAGCUGGGAUCUCAAAUAUGCUGGUGCUCAAAUUCUUCUUUCCAAGUUCUAUUUCGAAGGAGAGAAGGAAUUACAGAUGUACAAGAAUCAGGCAGAUAGUUAUAUUUGCUCCAAUCUUCCAAACAGUCCUUACCACCAAAUUUAUAUAUCUCCAGGUGGAAUGGUUCACAUGAGGGAUGGAGCCAACACACAGUAUGUUACUGGAACAGCUUUCUUGUUCAGUGCUUAUAGCGACCUCCUUGCAACUUAUAAGCAAACUGUUCAAUGCGCCACCGUGCAGUUUGACUCAACCCAGCUCAUGGCCUUUGCUAAAAAACAGAUGGAUUACGUGUUGGGAAUAAACCCACUGGGAAGAUCAUACAUGGUUGGAUUCGGAAACAACCCGCCGACACAGGCCCACCACCGUGGGGCGUCGGUGCCGGUUCUGGCGCCGGACGUGGUAGUAAGCUGCCCAAUGAGUUUCGUGGACUGGUUCAACAAGAACACACCCAAUCCCAACGAGCUGACCGGCGCCAUUCUCGGCGGCCCCGACCGCACCGACAACUUCGUCGACAAGCGUUGGGACUCGCCCAUGACCGAGCCGGUCACCUACACCAAUUCCCUCGCCGUCGGAGUACUAGCAAAGCUCGCCGCCCACAAAUUUUAAAACAAAAAACUACCACUUCAUUCUUCCCAAAAAACCAUAUUUCUUUCCUAGGCGUUUUAGGAUAAUUAAUUUUUGGGAAUUUUUUUUUUAUUAAUCCUUUUGAUUUUGGGAUUUCAACACUUUGUAACAAAUGUGGGAUAUGCAAAAAUUGUGGGAUGAUUCAACUUUACUUCAUAUUUGAGAGAGGUAAAGGUGAUCACGACACCUUUAUUG